UCCAUAUCCAUGGAUGGUUGUGUUUGCAUCCUUUUUAGAUGGCAAAAAGAUUAGAGUGUAAACGGUACUUCAAAAUCUUGAAAGUACGAUUAUAUUCUCUUUUCUUUGUUGUACGUUUAAUAUUAAAAGUAGAAGAAUACGAUUCUUGAGUGCCUUCACUACCAAGCUUCAUGUGUAAGACCAAUAUAAAAGAGGGAGAUGUGUGUUUAUAUCAUUCCAACUUUGAAAGCUUCUUCUAAUUCUCUCCCUUGCAAAAAUGGUGGCUCGCUAUGGUGGAUACAACCUCGAAGAGAAGAACCAUUAUGGUUUCUCUCAUCACGAUCUUAGACCUGACCGUGUAGUUACUAAGGUAGAGAAGUCAGUCAAUAUAAUUAUCGGUCAUAGACAACAAACUCAAAGACAGGUUGGUUCAAGGGAAGAAGGUAAAGCAAAGGAGAAGUACACAACUACUAUGAAGAUACCAAAAUGGAAGCAUUAUGAAUCAGAGAACAAGUCAAGUCAAAAGGAGAACAUGAAUGAACAGCCAACUAUGAUUGUUUCUGGUGGAUGGGUUAGGCCAAACCGAGCCAUGUGGGCUUCACCUCCAAAUUCUUCAAGCUUCAAGCCACAAAACAGUAAUUGAGUCAUCAAAGAGAAGAUGGUGAGGGAACAUAUGUAUGAACUUAGAGGUUCAAGUUGGAGAAGUAGAGAUAUGAUGAGAGAGAGCUAAGCACGUUUGUGAAUCAGCCAUGGAGGGUGCAUGUGUGUGUGGGUGUGAUAUAUAUUAGAUAUGUGUCUAGAUGGGUGUGAAGUUUAUAAGUUUGUUAUAUAUAUGUAAUAUUGUACCAUGAUGGAAGUUCAUAUAUAUUAUAUAAUGUAUGUUACGUGCGUAUGUAAAACAUAAGAGAUCAAUAAAACUUAUCUUUUUUUUUU